AUGCCAUAUUCACAGCAACUUAAAGAUGCGUCACAACAACGACCACUAACAACUGAUUAUCGAAUAUAUACUUGUGAUGAAGUCAAGAGACAUGAUAAGCCUGAUGAUUUAUGGAUGAUCAUCUAUAAUAAAGUUUACAAUUUAACAAAUUUCUCCAAAAUACACCCUGGUGAUGUCGAAGUUUUAUUUGAUUGUGGAGGUACUGAUGGUACUGAAGCUUUUGAAGAUGUUGGACAUUCAGAUUAUGCAUAUCAGAUGCUAAGGCCGUAUUUAAUUGGCGAAUUACCACUACAAGAACAUAAAAAGUAUGAAAAUGUACCAGAAUUUUCCAUUCCUCAAAUCGAUAAUCCAAGUAAAGAAGAACAAAAUCUUGGUUGUCCUCCGAAACAAAGAAAACGAAAAACUAGGAGAAGAAAGAAACAAUCUCAACAAUUAAGUGUAAGAAUUGUUUUAUUUGGUCUAUUGGCCAUCAUUUCAUUUACAUUGUUUUUAUAUAUUCAAAGAUUUAAAUGGGUUUCUAUUUGA